CCGGGCCGGGCCGCCCCGCGGGGCCGACAGCGGCGAGCGGGGCCCCGCCGGCGCCCUCAGCGGGAGGGGAUGGGCGGGACGCUCCAGGCGCCCCCCAUUGGCUGCAAGGCAGACGCUCUCCACCCAUGAGCUGUUAAGGUGGCGCCGCCUGUUGGCCAAGAGCGCCGAUGGACGGCAGGGUGAGCCUAUGCGUGCGGCGGGCGGGGUCCCGCCCCCGGAAGUGUGCGCGCUGUCGGCGGCGCAGGCCGGUCCCGGCGGGAGGUCCGCCAUGGCCGGCGGCGGGGACGCGCUCCGCGCCCUGCUCCGCGCCGCUAACACCCUCCUGCAGCAGCACCGCUACCGCGCCGCGCUCGCCGUCCUCAAGGGCUUCCGCAACGGGGCCGUUUAUGGAGCAAAAAUUCGUGCCCCGCAUGCCGUGGUGAUGACUUUCCUAUUCAAGAGCGGAAGUUUAAGAGAGAAAUUGAAAUCGAUUGCUCAGGCUACGUACACUCAUUCCCGGAACUUGGCGUAUUUUGUGUCCACCUACAAGGGGCUGAUGGCGUUGCAGUCCCGACUACAGGGGAAAAAAAUUCCAUUUCAUUCUUUCUUUGCAGCCUGCAUUGGGGGUUGGCUAGUGUUUGGUGAGAACAAUCCCAUCAACAGCCAGAUCAUUAUGUACCUGCUUUCUCGUAUCCUGUUCGGCUUGUCUCGGCUGGCAGUGGAAAAGGGCUAUGUCCCACAGCCAAAGCAGGAUCCCUUUCCACUUGUUGCUGGUCUGAUAUGGGGGACAGUUCUGUGGCUCUUUGAAUACCACCGGCAAACUCUGCAGCCUUCUCUGCAGUCCUCCAUGACCUACCUAUAUGAUGAUAGUAAUGUAUGGCAUGACAUUUCUGACUUUCUCAUUUAUAACAAAAGAACAGACAGCAAGUAGGUGGUUCAUUGUAAAACACCUUUGAAUGGGAUGGUACCUUCCAGCAGCUAAGAGAAAAGGUUAUUCUAUUGCUCUUGACUGGUGAUUUUGUUAAAUUAACAUCUGUCAAGCGGAGUUGUCUUGUGUCCUGGCCAAAAUGUUCUAAUUAGUCUUCUCUUGGCUCUGUUUAGAGCAAGUAAAUACUCCACGGAAACUUGUUGCAGUCUUUUUAAAAAAAGAGGCCUUAUUUUCCCUGCAAGUAUGGCUUUUAGGGUUUUUUGUGUUUAAAGACAGUAAAUGUACUUACAAAAUGACAGCCUGAUGGUAAGUGGAGAGUAUGUCUAAUGAUGAAAAAUGUUCUAGGGAUCGUCUGCAUGCUCGCAAGAGAGAAGCAUUUUUCUGUGCUGCUGUGCUCGCUGUGGUGUGAUGGGAGUGGGGGACCUGCUCAGAUCUGAAAGCGGGGACAUAAUUUCUUGAUUUCUGUAGCUGACUGGAAAUCUUGUUUAAACUAUUACAAGGACAGUUGUGUGCUGCUUAAGAGAGUUUCUCUGCAGUUUUCCCUCGGAGAGACAAUAAGAUGUUUGAGAAUAAAACUGUUAAGAUUGUCUGGUAUGAGCCUGGUAAGUCAGGUGUGGAAGGACUAUUUUUGCUCAGUUUCUUUCAUGCACUUGGGCUGAAUCUGUCCCUCUGCAGAGUGCACUAAUUAAUACCCUGGAAUUAUUUUACACUUAUUUGUAAAGUUUUUAAAAGCUGCUUGAACUAAAUACCAAAAACAGUUAUGCAACUUAGACUCCUUUGAAAACAGGCUGAGGCACAUUGCACGCCCUCAGAUAUCACACUGGGUACUUUAUAUGUAGAAGCGAGCAAUGCUUUAACAAGCACUUUUAUUUUGGUGGAAGAUAAGCACAUGGGUUUCUCUUGGGUCCAGAAUCUACCCUCCACAGCAGUGGCAUUUGUUAGCUGUAUUCAAACUUGAAUGUACCUGUAGUUUGUGCGGGCUUGUUGCUGAGCCAGGUUGAGACCGCAGAUGAAUAUAUGAGCAAAUCUUCCUCUUAAAAAUACACUGCUGAGCCCCAGAUACAGUGCGGCACACACUGGGCUUUAACAGAAGAUCGACUAGAUAGCUGAGAACAAAAAGUGGUUUAAAAUUAAUAAAUUCAAACUGUUAACAGUGCGAAGCACUUACACUGCCUUAUAACACUAUACCAUUCACUGAAUGAUGUACAUUAAAAUAAUUCCUGACAUACUGGUUUUAUGUGGUGAUAUUUGCAAGAGAGUCGUUAAGUUCCCUGUGCUAACCAUUCCCUUUUGGGUCAGUCAGGACUGUUUUGUUCGCUCUUCCUGUACCCAUCUGCUUUUCCAUCCUGACCUGACCAUGUAAUUUCAUAAUCCUGCUGAUGCUGUUCUUCAUUGUCUUUUGCAGUCUCUUUACACUCCAGGCUCUAGCAAUUUGUCAUAUUCAAUGGUAUGACUGAAACAGUACAUUUAAGUUCAGGUAGCUUCUGAGCAGAAAAAAAUUCUCAAUUUCUUAAGUAAUUUUUCCUUGUCCUCCUAAGCUCUUUUACUACUAUUACACAUAUUCUGAGUGCUGCUUUGCUCUUUAUUUCUCCACUGUCUGGCAGCAAGAGGGAGAGUGAAAUGUUCCCCUCCCCAUAGUAUGUCUGGUGCUGGAAUGUUUGGGAUUGAAUUGCAUCCUGAGUGGCUCAGGUGGAGUAGGAGUAAAGUCUUCUGGCUCUCGAACUGAAUCUAAGGGCGAGUCCAACUACAGUCACUGUGAGAUCUUACAGUAUAAAGACAGAAGCUUCGUUGCACUCAUGCCAUGCAAAUCCAUGACUUACUCAUGUUUGGUGCCCAAAAACCAAGAUACUGCUUUGCCAUAAUAACUAUCUGUGGUACCUUUAACAUUUAACUUCACCUGCUAUUACAGUCUGUAUUUAACACUUGAAUUUGAACACUGAUCAGUAUUUAAUCAGAUAGACCCCAGGAAAGCUAUAGAAGUUAGGAAUUAGGUUUGUUUCUUUGUGGUUAAAUAUUUUGCUUGGUGGAGAUAAGCUUAAAGAUUCAAGUGCAGAAAAAAUACUGAAGCUACAGGUGAGGUCUGAUUGCUUUAUAAACAUCAUAUCAUUAUUUGAACCACUGCUGGAUAUCUGAAGCAGUAUGAGUGCAGCACUCUAUUUUUAUGUCUGAAGCCUCAAUAUUGUUCCAAGUAAGAAUGUUAGUAUUCUGCUAAUUUUGCUGAAUUCCUGCAAGCUUUAAUGGGAUUUCAGGAAACCCUUCCACAAUCUGACAGCUAUGGCUUGAGAAUUUCUCCCUAAAACUAUUAGACUCACAAAUCCUUGACCGUGUAUAAUUAUUGUAGCAAAAGAUGGUGCAGGCUGGUUAUGUGAGCUGUGUGUCUGUAAGAAGUUUUUAACCUUUUUAAUUUAUAGCUGGCAUUCUUUGAGAAAGGCUUGUGAUUCCCUUAGAGGCAAAAUUACUUUCUUCUGCUAGUAGUUCUACCACUGCAACCAUGUGGCUGCUUGUGCAGCGCUUCUCUGGCCACGUGAAGGACAAGUGACCUGUCCUGUCCUUUUUACACUACCGUAGUAUCUCUGUCCUCUCUAGAUAGCAAAAACAAGCCAAUAGCAAGUUUCUAGUAUCAACCUGGCAGCAGCGGCCAUCAGUCAUACUUGGUUCAGAAUGCCCUUUUUCUCUUGGGAAUCUAUCACCAACUUCACUUUCAAAGCAAAUUGUGCCCGAGCCUCCAACCAUCUGUACUGCUGAUCCAGGACCCAGCUGCUGUCCCUGGAAGACAAACUGCAGCUCAUCCCAGGAGCAGGUCCCCUAUAGCAGCAGCCAUUAGCCGGGUGUUUGCGGACGGUUGGUUUUCCUGCUGCGUUGGGGCAGGAUGUUAAGCUGCAAGUCACUUCUUUCCCUGGGGAAGUAAUUGGAACAGUUCUUUAAUGGCAUUAGUCUGCAUUGCUGUUUCUGUGACCAGAUAGCUGGGGAUGAACCCCUUAUGCUACCAAGGUGUUGGAACAAUGCAGGCGUGUAGUAAGGAAGUGAACUAGAAGUAAUUUGUCUGAGUCAGACUUUUCGGAUACAUAAGUUACACUCCCUGCCCUCCCCCAUUGCAUUGUGUGGGGAAUUGUGUCCCCUGUUUGUGUUCCUUUUUUAUUAGCAUUAAAACCAGAAGAAAUAGAGGCAGUUGGGAAGCCACCUGCGAAUCGGCCAAAUGCUUAAGAAUCACAAAGAAGUGCCCCCAGCCCUGAUCGGUUUUGAAUUUUAAGAUGAACGUGGGUUGGUUUGUCUACAUCGACUUAUUUUCCCUUGUUAUUUCUUCCUCGACACCUGGCUGUGAGGUGCUGAGUGCCUCUAAAAAGGAGCAGAGCGUCUCGAUGCUUAGCUCACUUUGUCAAAAAUUAGGAUUACUGGAUGAAAUUGAAGUGUUCAUUUUAAAAUUACACUUCUCCUUCGGUUUUUAAGCCUCUUUUAGAGGCAGUUUUAAAGGUUAACAAAUCAAACUGAUCAAAAGUUUUCAGCAAGCCUUGAACAGUAGACUGGCUGUAGUGAGCUAUUAAUCAUUUAUUUUAUGAAGGAACAAAGCAAGUUCAGGGUUAUUUACUGCCGCUGCAUGCUGCCCUAGCAUACCCACUGUGCUUCACUUCUCUUUGGAGGCCAGCUUGUAUGCUAGCGCUGCCCAUCAGGAUUGCUGAAGAACCAUUUCCGGGACAAUUACAUUAUUUAACAAAGGUGAAAAUUAAAUGGGUGCAUGACAUUUGGUUUAGCUAAAGUUUUCUGUACUGUGUUUGAUCCUUCCAGUUAAGGGGAGGAUAUUUCUGAAAGAAAAACCUGUGCUUGUCCAAUUAGUGCCACAGAGAAGUGCUUAUGGAGGUUGCUGCUGCUGUAAGACGUGAACCUGUGUUCGCAGCGUGAUGGUGUGCUUUGUCCUGGUCACCACCCAUGUGUCUGGGCAAUAGCCAUCCCUGCUCUGGACCGCUGGGCCAGGAGGGACAGGCUGCAAAAGAGCUUUGAUAUUGGUGCUGCGAGACUUUCUUGCCCUGGUAGCAUACGUAGUUCAAGCUCUGCUUUAAACCGAGCUGGGUGGGGAGUAGAAGUGCAGGGAUGAUCUCUGACUGCUGAAGUAGACCAAAACCGGUGUCCGUGCAGACCCCCUGUGACUGCAAAGGGUCCCCUGUGCAUGCCAAGCUCUGCAGCCAGCUGAGAGCUGUCAUGGAUGGCUGGUGGUAGUGGAGUAACCAGAACCCCAUGCAGAUACCCGUACACAGGAGAAACUGCUGUGACUCAAAUUCCUUUUCAGUCUGUCAGCACAAAUAUGACCUUCAGAUAGUACCCCAAGCCACGUGCUGUUUCCUAUUUCUCAGGUUGUGUUUGUCUUCCUGGAUUAUGCCAACCUGAGCAGAACGUGUUUGGUUUUCUGAGGCUGAUUUUGAAAUCCAGCAGAUAAGGGAGGAGAGAAAAUAAGGCAUAAUGCUAUCCAGCUUAAUGUCUGUCUGCCACUGUUAAUAUUUUAGGGGUGCUAAUCUUCAAUUCUCAACCUGUGUGUUCAUACCAGCUUGUUGGAGGAGGUAACUUUUUUUCUUCACUUAGAGGAAUUUUCAUCUGUCUCAUUUCCUUAUGAGACUGGUAGUGAGGAGGGGGAAAAACAAAAUUAAAUGGUCUAUAAUACAAUCUUAUUACCUCUGGUUUUGGUAUAUAUUUUCUGUUCAUAAUUGCUGUGUAAUCCAGGCCCUGGUUUUCUGACAGCAUAGAAUAAAGUUAAGAACAUAAACUCAGGUAACUUGUAAUUACGCUGAUCAGAAUGCUUGUAGGAAUGUCUCAGGUUUUGAUUUUUAAAAUGUGUGAAAAGGGGGGCAGUGGUGACUCCUUGUGCAGUCAUUGUAGUACAUGAAUCCAAGACUUUCUGCUAAACUCAUUUGCAGAUUAUUUCUGUAUAAUCACUCUUUGAAUAUUCUAAUACUGUGCUUUCUAUAAUAAUAAUAAAAACCUAAUUUUU